AUGACUGAUUACAAGUUCGAAGGCUGGUGCGGUCUCGGCCCUGAGGCCGCCGAGGGAAAGAUGGUCUGGCAGGAGUUUGAGCCCAAGCCCUGGGAGGAGACCGAUGUCGAUAUCAAGGUCACCCACUGUGGUAUCUGUGGCUCUGAUUUGCACACUCUUCGCUCCGGAUGGGGACCAACCAACUACCCCUGCUGUGUCGGACACGAGGUGGUCGGAGAGGCCGUUCGAGUCGGUCAAGCCGUCAAGGGUAUCAAGGUCGGAGAUCGUGUCGGUGUAGGUGCUCAGAGCGGAGCCUGUCAAAACAAGAACAAGGACUGUGAAGCCUGCGCCAAUUCUCUCGAGCAAUUCUGCAACAAAAUGGUCGGCACUUACAACGGCGUGUACGCCAAUGGCGGCAAGUCUUACGGCGGAUACAGCACAUACAACCGCUCGCCUGCACACUUCGUGAUCAAGAUCCCCGACGCCAUUUCCUCCGCUGACGCUGCUCCCAUGCUCUGUGGUGGAAUCACCACCUACUCCCCAUUGAAGCAGAACGGCUGCGGGCCCGGCAAGACCGUCGGAGUGGUCGGUAUCGGAGGCCUGGGACACUUCGCCAUCCUAUUCGCCAAGGCCCUCGGCGCAGACCGCGUCGUCGCCAUCUCGCGCAAGUCCGAUAAGAAGGAGGAUGCGCUGAAGCUUGGCGCGGAUGACUUCAUCGCCACAAGCGAGGAGGAGGACUGGGUUACCCGCCACGGCCAAUCCCUAGACUUGAUCAUCUCGACUGCUUCAUCGUCCAAGAUGCCCAUUGCUGGAUACUGCAGCCUGCUCCGCUACCGCGGCACCUUCAUCCAGCUCGGAGCUCCGGAGGACGGCGGCCUCGAGAUCCCCGCCUUUGUUCUGAUCAUCAAGGGUAUCAAGCUUGGUGGUUCGCUCAUCGGUAGCCCUGACGAGAUCCGCGAGAUGCUCGAACUUGCUGCUGCCAAGGGUGUUAAGCCUUGGAUCCAGGAGCGCUCCAUGAAGGAUGCCAACCAGGCUGUUGUUGAUAUGGAUAACGGUGAUGCUCGUUACCGCUAUGUGUUGGUCAAUGAUCAGUAG